AGUACCAUCGCCAGUAAACUAAUGCUAAGUAUUUAUCUAUCCACCUAUAUGGCUUACAGGAUGAGCAUGGUGUAGCAGCUAAGGACCAACAUGAGACUAAAAAGGGGAGACUUACUGUUAACUACCGUGUACAUUCACAGAGGUUUCCUGGAGUGUGGAUCUGAUUCCCUUGUGUGGAUUGUCUAGGAGGAAAGCCAAAGCCCUGGACCUUACUCACACUUGAGAAAAGCCUUGGACUUUACUAAAAACCGUGGACCUUACUAAGAGAAGAGCCUUGGACUUUACCAACAGAAGAGCCUUGGAUCUAGGAGAAGAGCCUUGGACUCAAGGCUUACUAAGACGAGAGGAAAGCUUUGGACAGAAGAGGACGAUGAGUUUUGACAGUGUUCCUGCCAAGUCGGAGGUGAUGGGGUGGAACGCCCGCAGUCUAGCCGACUAUAUGAAGAGGCUGAGGCUGUCCAGUUGUGACAAAGUGGUGAUGAAGACCAGCAUGAACGGAGCACGCUUUCUGAAGAUGAAAGAUGGCGACCUUCAGAAGUUUCCAACCAUUCAUAUUCCAGUCAUCACUAAGAUCUGUAGUGAGAUCAACAGGAGUGAAGAGGAGAAGUGGUUCGGUCAGAGAUCAAAGGAACCUAAGAACCAUCAACAAGAUUUUGUACACGAAGUAGAUGAAGCCUGGGAUUCAGAAGAGUUUGAAAUGAGUGAUAACGACUAUGAGAACCCUGAUGAGGACGACAGUUAUAUCUCUGCCUUGUCUGACCGCCUGCCACCCCCACCACCUGCAGAGGGAGAGGAGGAAGAGGGGAGUGAUGAUGACUAUGAGCCUCCUCCCUCAUCGGCUACAGAGGAGAUCCCCCGCCUCCUCAAUCUCACCAAGCCCCUAGGGAACAGUGACUAUAUAGAUUCUGUGUGUGGAGGUCCAUCAAUAGCCCUUCCAACUGGAAGGACUCCCAGACCACCCCAGCGCCCUGGUCCUCAGGCCCCAGCCCCCAGCCGUAACACACUGGCCAGACCUCCCACAUCCAGACUAGACCCCUCCCCUCAGAGGCCAUUCAAAGCUGCAGGCAAACCCCCAACAGGCCCUUCUGUCCCCCUGUUCGACCGAAGCAAGAAGCCUGGACAGCCCGCUCCCACCAAGAAACAACCUCCUCAUUAUCACGCAAACACCAAAACAACUCAUACAAGAGAGGGCAGUCCAUUCCGCUCUCCCCAGCCCGCCAUAGUGAAGCCACCUCAGCUAGAGGCCCCAACGCCACCAGACUAUAGAUCGAGCUCCAGUAAACCUCCUCCUCCUGCUCUUCCUGCUCCUCCUUCUCACCCACCUCCUUCAAUGGUCCGCAACACAAAGCCAGGCACAGAGGAGGACAUGGUCCCUGUGUGGUAUGGAGGACUGGUGACCAGAGGCCAGGCUGAAGCAUCACUCAGAUGGGUUAACAAGGAUGGAGCGUUUCUGGUGAGGGACAGUUCCAAGGGCUCUUCUGAGCAGCCCUACACCCUCAUGGUGCUGAACCAAGGCAAGGUCUACAACGUCCAGAUACGUCACCAAGGCAACACAUACCACCUGGGCACCGGCCUCAUGGGUAUCGAGAGUUUCCCAGGAGUGAAGGAGAUGAUAGACCACUACACACACACACCUCUGCUGCUCAUAGACAUGGAGAUAGGAACUGGAGCACAGAGCCAGUGCUGCCUGCUGCACCCUGCAACACUCUGACCAUAACCAGCAACACAGUGUGUGUGUGUGUGUGUGUUCUCAAUGACUUACCUGGUUAAAUAAAGGGAAGAAAACAAACGCAUAAAGUAGCUGGUAGAGAUAGAAGGGAGGGAACCAGAUUUUUAUUAGGAAGCGUAUUCACAAUGGAGUGUUUAUUUUCAUGUUAUAAGGUUAAUGUUAUGAAGUUGCAUGUCGUAAGUUAAAUGUAGUGAAGUUGUAUAUAUUAUACUAGUCUUCACCUGUCAUUUUUAGGUUGUGAU